CGCAAAGGAUGUACAAGCAGUCAAUGGCGCAGAGAGCGCGGACCAUGGCCCUCUACAACCCCAUCCCCGUCCGACAGAACUGCCUCACGGUCAACCGGUCUCUGUUCCUCUUCAGCGAGGACAACGUGGUGAGAAAAUACGCCAAAAAGAUCACCGAAUGGCCUCCCUUUGAAUAUAUGAUUUUAGCCACCAUCAUAGCAAACUGCAUCGUCCUCGCCCUGGAGCAACACCUACCUGACGAUGACAAGACCCCCAUGUCUGAACGGCUGGAUGACACAGAACCGUACUUCAUUGGAAUUUUUUGUUUCGAGGCUGGCAUUAAAAUCAUCGCCCUUGGGUUUGCCUUCCACAAAGGCUCUUACUUGAGGAAUGGUUGGAACGUGAUGGACUUCGUGGUGGUGCUAACGGGCAUCUUGGCGACAGUUGGGACAGAGUUUGACCUACGGACACUGAGGGCAGUUCGAGUGCUGCGACCGCUCAAGCUGGUGUCUGGAAUCCCAAGUUUACAAGUCGUCCUGAAGUCGAUCAUGAAGGCGAUGAUCCCCUUGCUGCAGAUCGGCCUUCUCCUAUUUUUUGCAAUCCUUAUUUUUGCAAUCAUAGGGUUAGAAUUUUAUAUGGGAAAAUUUCAUACCACCUGCUUUGAAGAGGGGACAGAUGACAUUCAGAGUGAGUCCCCAGCUCCAUGUGGGACAGAGGAACCCGCCCGCACCUGCCCCAAUGGGACCAGAUGCCAGCCCUACUGGGAAGGGCCCAACAACGGGAUCACUCAGUUCGACAACAUCCUGUUUGCAGUGCUGACUGUUUUCCAGUGCAUCACCAUGGAAGGGUGGACUGACCUCCUCUACAACAAGAGCAAGACAGACCUGCUCAACCCCGAGGAGGCGGAGGAUCAGCUCGCCGACAUCGCCUCUGUGGGGUCUCCCUUUGCCCGAGCCAGCAUUAAAAGUGCCAAGCUGGAGAACUCGACUUUUUUUCACAAAAAGGAGAGGAGGGUGCGUUUCUACAUCCGCCGCAUGGUCAAAACUCAGGCCUUCUACUGGACUGUGCUCAGUCUGGUAGCCCUCAACACGCUGUGUGUUGCUAUCGUUCACUACAACCAGCCCGAGUGGCUCUCCGACUUCCUCUACUAUGCAGAAUUCAUUUUCUUAGGACUCUUUAUGUCCGAAAUGUUUAUAAAAAUGUACGGGCUUGGAACACGGCCUUAUUUCCACUCUUCCUUCAACUGCUUUGACUGUGGGGUUAUCAUCGGGAGCAUCUUUGAGGUCAUCUGGGCCGUCAUAAAACCUGGUACAUCCUUUGGAAUCAGCGUGUUACGAGCCCUCAGGUUAUUGCGUAUUUUCAAAGUCACAAAGUACUGGGCGUCUCUCAGGAAUCUGGUCGUCUCUCUUCUCAACUCCAUGAAAUCCAUCAUCAGCCUGUUGUUCCUCCUUUUCCUGUUUAUCGUCGUCUUUGCACUUUUAGGAAUGCAGCUCUUUGGCGGCCAGUUUAAUUUCGAUGAAGGGACUCCUCCUACCAACUUCGACACUUUUCCAGCAGCAAUAAUGACGGUGUUUCAGAUCCUGACAGGCGAGGACUGGAACGAGGUCAUGUACGAUGGCAUCAAAUCUCAGGGCGGCGUGCAAGGCGGCAUGGUGUUCUCCAUCUACUUCAUCGUGCUGACACUCUUCGGGAACUACACCCUCCUGAAUGUGUUCUUGGCCAUCGCGGUGGAUAAUUUGGCCAACGCCCAGGAGCUCACCAAGGAUGAACAAGAAGAAGAGGAGGCAGCCAACCAGAAACUCGCCCUCCAAAAAGCCAAGGAGGUGGCAGAAGUGAGUCCUCUGUCCGCGGCCAACUUGUCCAUAGCUAUGUACGCCCUGGGCCAGCAGUGGGCCGAGGACUUCCUUCGGGAACAGGCGCGCUACCAUGACCGGCCCCGGGACCCCAGCGGCUCCAUGGGCCUGGACGCCCGGCGGCCCUGGGCUGGCAGCCAAGAGGCCGAGCUGAGCCGGGAGGGUCCUUAUGGCAGAGAGUCGGACCCCCACACCCGGGAGGGCGGCCUGGAGCCACCGGGGUUCUGGGAGGGUGAGGCUGAGCGGCCCAAGGCCGGGGACCCCCACCGGAGGCACACGCACCGGCCGGGGGCCAGCCGAGAGAGCCGCAGCGGGUCCCCACGCACCGGAGCUGACGGGGAGCCCCGCAGGCACCGGGCCCAUCGCAGGCCCGGCGAGGAGGCCCCAGAGGACAAAGCUGAGCGGAGAUCCCGGCACCGGGAGGGCAGCCGGCCCGCCCGGGGCGGCGAGGGCGAGGGCGAGGCUCCUGAUGGCGGCGAGCGGCGGCGGCGGCACCGGCAUGGCCCUCCAGCCACGUAUGACAUGGACACGCGGAGGGAGGACAAGGAGCGCAGGCACCGGAGGAGGAAAGACACCCAGGGCUCCGGGGUCCCCGUGUCGGGCCCCAACCUGUCGACCACCCGGCCGAUCCAGCAGGACCUGGGCCGCCAAGACCCGCCGCCGGCCGAGGACAUCGACAACAUGAAGAACAACAAGCUGGCCACCGCAGAGGCCGCCGGUCCCCACGACAGCCUCGGCCACGCCGGCCUGCCCCAGAGCCCAGCCAAGAUGGGGAACAGCACCAACCCCGGCCCCACAAUGGCCCCGUCUGCCAUGGCCACCAAUCCUCAGAACGCCGCCGGUCGCCAGAUGCCCAACAACCCGGGGAACCCGUCCAACCCCGGCCCCCCCAAAACCCCCGAGAACAGCCUUAUCGUCACCAACCCCAGCAGCACCCAGACCAACUCAGCUAAGACUGCCAGGAAACCCGACCACACCGCGGUGGACAUCCCCCCGGCCUGCCCGCCCCUCAACCACACCGUCGUCCAAGUGAACAAAAACGCCAACCCAGACCCACUGCCAAAAAAGGAGGAAGAGAAGAAGGAGGAGGAGGAAGACCCCGGGGAAGACGGCCCCAAGCCCAUGCCCCCCUACAGCUCCAUGUUUAUCCUCUCCACGACCAACCCCCUUCGCCGCCUGUGCCAUUACAUCCUGAACCUGCGCUACUUUGAGAUGUGCAUCCUCAUGGUCAUCGCCAUGAGCAGCAUUGCCCUGGCGGCUGAGGAUCCCGUGCAGCCCAACGCGCCGCGGAACAACGUGCUGCGAUAUUUUGACUACGUUUUCACAGGCGUCUUUACCUUUGAGAUGGUGAUCAAGAUGAUUGACCUGGGGCUCGUCCUGCACCAGGGUGCCUACUUCCGCGACCUCUGGAACAUUCUUGACUUCAUAGUGGUCAGUGGGGCCCUGGUGGCCUUUGCCUUCACUGGCAACAGCAAAGGAAAGGACAUCAACACAAUCAAAUCCCUCCGCGUCCUCCGGGUGCUACGACCUCUUAAAACCAUCAAGCGGUUGCCAAAGCUCAAGGCCGUGUUUGACUGCGUGGUGAAUUCUCUCAAGAACGUCUUCAACAUCCUCAUCGUCUACAUGCUGUUCAUGUUCAUCUUUGCCGUGGUGGCCGUGCAGCUGUUCAAGGGCAAGUUCUUCCACUGCACCGAUGAGUCCAAGGAGUUCGAGAAAGACUGUCGUGGCAAGUACCUGCUGUAUGAGAAGAACGAGGUGAAGGCCCGGGACCGAGAGUGGAAGAAGUACGAGUUCCACUACGACAACGUGCUGUGGGCGCUGCUGACCCUCUUCACCGUGUCCACGGGAGAAGGCUGGCCACAGGUUCUCAAGCACUCCGUGGAUGCCACCUUCGAGAACCAGGGUCCCAGCCCCGGGUACCGCAUGGAGAUGUCCAUCUUCUACGUCGUCUACUUUGUCGUGUUCCCCUUCUUCUUCGUCAAUAUCUUUGUGGCCUUGAUCAUCAUCACCUUUCAGGAGCAGGGAGACAAGAUGAUGGAGGAAUACAGCCUGGAGAAAAAUGAGAGGGCCUGCAUCGACUUCGCCAUCAGCGCCAAGCCGCUCACCCGGCACAUGCCCCAGAACAAGCAGAGCUUCCAGUACCGCAUGUGGCAGUUCGUGGUGUCGCCGCCUUUCGAGUACACCAUCAUGGCCAUGAUCGCCCUCAACACCAUCGUGCUCAUGAUGAAGUUCUACGGGGCCUCGACUGCUUAUGAAAAUGCUCUGAGGGUAUUCAACAUCGUCUUCACCUCCCUCUUCUCUCUGGAGUGUGUGCUCAAAGUCAUGGCUUUUGGGAUUCUGAAUUAUUUCCGCGAUGCCUGGAACAUCUUCGAUUUUGUGACUGUUCUGGGCAGCAUCACCGACAUCCUCGUGACUGAGUUUGGGAAUCCGAAUAACUUCAUCAACCUGAGCUUCCUCCGCCUCUUCCGAGCAGCCCGGCUCAUCAAACUCCUCCGGCAGGGUUACACCAUCCGCAUCCUUCUCUGGACCUUCGUGCAGUCGUUCAAGGCCCUGCCUUAUGUCUGUCUGCUGAUUGCCAUGCUUUUCUUCAUCUAUGCCAUCAUCGGGAUGCAGGUGUUUGGCAACAUUGGCAUCGACGUGGAGGAAGAGGACAGCGAUGAGGACGACUUCCAGAUCACGGAGCACAACAACUUCCGGACCUUCUUCCAGGCCCUCAUGCUUCUCUUCCGGAGUGCCACCGGGGAGGCUUGGCACAACAUCAUGCUCUCCUGCCUCAGCGGGAAGCCGUGUGAUAAAAACUCCGGCAUCCUGACUCCCGAGUGUGGCAAUGAAUUUGCUUAUUUUUACUUCGUUUCCUUCAUCUUCCUCUGCUCCUUUCUGAUGCUGAACCUCUUUGUUGCUGUCAUCAUGGACAACUUUGAGUACCUCACGCGAGAUUCCUCCAUCCUGGGUCCUCACCACCUGGAUGAGUACGUGCGUGUCUGGGCUGAGUACGACCCCGCGGCGUGCUCUGUGUUUCCUGCUGACACGUGUCUGAAGCCCCACGUGAACCCCAAACCCACCCUCGACCCCCACCUCCGUGCCACCUCAGCCUGGGCAGGAGCUGCUGGCUCGGUGACGGGCCUCGAGGCCAGCAGGUGCUCAGGCAGGCAGGCGACCAGGCCUCUCUGUGCCCGCAUUGCAGGAGGGGCCGACAAACAGCAGAUGGACGCCGAGCUACGGAAAGAGAUGAUGGCCAUCUGGCCCAACCUGUCCCAGAAAACACUGGACCUGCUGGUUACGCCUCAUAAGUCCACGGACCUGACAGUGGGGAAGAUCUACGCGGCCAUGAUGAUCAUGGAGUACUACCGGCAGAGCAAAGCCAAGAAGCUGCAGGCCAUGCGUGAGGAGCAGAACCGGACACCUCUCAUGUUCCAGCGCAUGGAGCCCCCGUCACCAACGCAGGAGGGGCAGAACGCCCUCCCCUCCACCCAGCUGGACCCCGGAGGAGGCCUGAUGGCUCAUGAAAGUGGCAUCAAGGAGAGCCCUUCCUGGGUGACCCAGCGAGCCCAGGAGAUGUUCCAGAAGACGGGCACAUGGAGCCCGGAGCGAGGGCCCCCUACCGACAUGCCCAACAGCCAGCCCAACUCUCAGUCUGUGGAGAUGCGAGAGAUGGGCCGAGAUGGCUACUCAGACAGUGAGCGCUACCUCCCCACGGAAGGCCAGGCCCGGGCGGCCUCCAUGCCCCGCCUCCCAGCAGAGAACCAGAGGAGAAGGGGCCGGCCACGUGGGAAUAACCUCAGUUAUCGCUACACUAAUGUUUAUACAGGCUUGGGGACAGACCUGAGCAUGACCACCCAGUCGGGGGACCUGCCGUCAAAGGAGCGGGACCAGGAGCGGGGCAGGCCCAAGGACCGGAAGCACCGGCAGCACCAUCACCACCACCACCACCACCACCCCCCGCCCCCCGACAAGGAGCGCUAUGCCCAGGAGCGGCCUGACCACCGGGCCCGAGCCCGGGACCAGCGCUGGUCCCGGUCGCCUAGUGAGGGCCCCGAGCACAUGGCACACCGGCAG